AUGACCACCCCCGACCAACAAGCCCAAGACCAAGACUUCGUAACCCUCGUCUCCGGCGACGGCUUCGAGUUCGUCCUCCCGCGCUCGACGGCGUGCAUCUCCAAGACGCUGUCCAUGAUGUUCGACCCGCUGAGCAAGUUCUCCGAGGCCCUGAGCGGCCGCUGCGUCCUCGAGAACAUCAGCGGCGAGGUGCUCGAGAAGGUCUGCGAGUACCUGUGCUACAACGAGAAGAACAAGAACCAGAACAACGUGCCGGACAUGGAGAUUCCGCCCGAGCUGUGUCUGGAGUUGUUGAUGGCGGCGGAUUAUCUGGAUGUUUGA